AUGCACAGUGCUGCAGAACAGAUGUUUCCUCGUCCACCUCGCACCGGAGGUAUUCCGGUCACGGAGGAUACUCAGCAGGCGCUUUCAGGGAGCGUGAAUCCUCCACUAUCAACCAAGCCUGCCGUUGUUCUUUUCGACGUUUCCAAAAACGAGGCUGGGGACCCCUCGAGUUGCUAUCGCAAUCUCUGUCGGGCUUUGAAGCAGCAAGGCCUACAGUGUAGAAUCAAUGAGCAGUCUUUAGUUCCUGCGAACCUACAAGAUGUUGGUGUCGUAGUCCUUGCGCAACCGACACAGCCUUUCACAGCCUCAGAGUUUGAGGCACUAAAGACGUUUUUCGAGCAAGGGGGCAGUUUACUCAUUCUUUUGGGUGAAGGGGGCGAGCUUCGCGCCGGCACAAACGUAAACUACUUUUUGGAAGAAUAUGGCAUGACUGUGUGCUGCGAUGCUGUUGUUCGCAUGACCGUGGCCUCUUCGACAUACGCCCAUCCUAAAGAAGCCUUCAUCGGUGAUGGAAUUCUGUGCCGCGAUGCUCUCAACCGGUGUGCACAAUCAAAAGAGACUGGCAGUUCAGGGGCGCGUGCGAGAGACAGAUCAAGUGCCAGCAGAGGGACUGGCAUUCUGUGUGAUGUCCUGCAUACACAUGCUUCUGAGGCACAAAGUGGACAACGCUCAGUAACGCUGGAAUGCGGAGACGAAAUACCGUUUCUGUUUCCAUACGGUGCGACAGUUAGCGUACAGAAGCCGGCGUUUCCUUUCCUUUCCAGCGGAAUUACAGCCCACCCUUCUAAGCGACCGCUUGCGGCUGCAUACGCACACCCUGGAGGUGGACGGCUUGCUGCAAUCGGGAGCUACCGGAUUUUUGAUAACGACUUUCUCGAGAAAGAAAACAACCCACGAGUCCAGCAGUUGCUCUUCCGCUGGCUCCUUGCCCCCGGGGGCGAGGAGGCUAAUAUAUUGCGGCCCCCAACGGAGGACCAAGCUUCUCUGGAGCCGUCUCAGCCAGUUCCGGAUACAACGAGCCUCGCGGAACGCCCUAUGCCUUGCUUCCAUGAAACUGACGAAGUUUUACCAUCUGAUUUCCGGAACCUGUUCGAAGCGGAGAGGUUUGCUCUAGAUACAUCGCAUAUUGCGGAAAUUCGGCAACUCUAUCGGCAGCUUGGCGUGAAGUAUGAACCACUGACCAUGAUACCUCCCGAGAUUGUUGUGCCACUGCCCCGCCUCCGUCCCGCAGUUCACCCUCCCAUACUGCCAAAAAUACCACCUCCGCCUCUGGAACUUUUCGAUAUCGAUGCUGAGAUUGCUUCACCGCGAACCCGCCUGGUGCAGCUCGCGAACCAAUGCACCGAUGAUUCGGACUUAGAGAUCCAUCUGCAAAGGGCCGCAUACUUUGUCCCAGUUCCUCUAUUGCCCUGUGAAGACAUGGGAAUUCAAGCAGAGGACAGAAUGGCAAGAAAUAUCCUCUGUUCACUUUUAUACAGAGUCAUAGAACUGAAGAGAACAGACUCGGCCUCAGCGGCUACGGAGGGGCUCCGAGAAGCCAGUUGA